UGAAUCGUGUCCUUUAUACCUAAUUUUGUUUUUCAAUCUUUUUGCAAGAUAAAGAGCACUCUAAACUAUUCAUUUUUUAUUUUUAUUUUAUUUUAUUAUUAUUUUUUUUUGAGAUAAAACCAUUCACUCAUACUUCGUAUGUGUUUAUUUUAUUUUAUUUCUUUUUGUAAGAAAAACAAUUCACUCAUAUAAAAUGCAUUUAAAGCACAAAACAAUAAGGAUGUAGUAGGACUUGUUUCAAAAAUGAGGAUGUAGUAACCCACAAGUUGUCACUGGCCCUUAUUACUCCGUAACCCUUUUUUCCACCUUAAAUUCAAAGCAAACCCCGUAAAAUUAUGCAGAAAAAAAAUAACAGUAUUCCAGUUAUAAACAAAUUGGUGAAAAUGGUCUCAGAUUCUCAGCUUGCAGAAAAAGUGCAUGAAUUUUUAAGUGGGUCUGAUUUGAAGAAGACGACUAAUAAUAUCAUUAGAAAAAAAUUAGAGUCUGAUUUUGGGGUUGAUUUAUCUCAUAAAAAACCUUUUCUCAGAAUCCAAGUUGACCGCUUUCUUCAAACCCAGUACAAAUUUGCUGAAGAACAAGAUGAUUAUCUUGAUGCUGCGGUUGUUAGGGGUGAUGACGGAAACGACGACGUUUCAGAUUCUGAAGACGAUGAGUAUUACGAGGAUGAAGAUGAGGGUGAAUUUUCUGUAGGAGGAAUUGGAGCAGCAGCAGCAGAUACUUUCAAGGGUAUUAGCAAAUUCAAACGGUCUCGCCGACAAAAUAAAGUGAAAAAUAAAAGAGUGUGCGAGUCUGGCAAGUUCUGCACGCUGUCUCCUGCACUCCAGAAAUUCCUUGGAGUACCUCAUUUGAUAAGGACAGAGGUUGUCAGACGAUUGUGGAGCUAUGUUAGAGAUAAAAGGCUGCAAGAUCCUCAGGAUGGAAAGAAUAUCAUUUGUGAUGAAACAUUACGUGAACUUUUUGGUGUUGAUUCUAUCAACAUUCUCCAGAUUCAUAGUGCCUUAACAAAACACAUUUGGCCAUCAGAGAAGUCGAUCAGGAGAGAGAAGCCACGAAAGCAAGAGAGGGAAGAAGAUCCAUUUGAAGCAAAGCCUCCAAGGAAAGUAUAUUCUGGUUUUCUUGCCCCUCUUCCGCUCUCAGAAGCUCUUGUAAAAUUCCUGGGUACUGGAGAAAGUGCGCUGACUCGUGCUGUUGUUAUAAAGAGAGUAUGGCAAUACAUAAAAGAAAACAAUCUCCAGGACCCAUUUGCGAAGAAGACGGUAAUAUGUGAUGAGAAGCUGAAGGAGCUCUUUAAUGUCGACUCCUUUAAUGGAUUCAUGGUCUCAAAACUCCUCUCUGCACAUUUUUUGAAAUUGUGACCAUCUGCAUUUGCCGAAGCCAAUCUUUCAAGCUGUUAUUGACAGAAGUUUUCGGUUUCUAGAUGAUUAUAAUUUAGUUUGUAUCAUCAUGUAAUUUAGGAAGAAGAGGGGGGUUGACUUGGCGAAGGAGAGGAGAAAAAAACAAUUCAAUUAAUUGUUUGUACUCCUUCCAUCGGUCCAAAACAUGUAAUACGCUCUCCGUACUUAAUUAUUUGGGGUCGGAGGAAGUAGGUUGUUUUUAUGUUUAAAUUGUUGCAGGUUGCAUAGCUACAGUAUUCCAAA